GGAGGAAUGCUAGGAAUGUCCCUGUUUGUGUGGGACUCCAUUCAGCUCAUUGGCGAGCCUGGGCCGCCUGGAGCGUAUAAAAGCCGGGGCCGCCCGCCCCAGCCUCACACAACAACUCUUCCCCACCGAGAGGAGGCAGCCAGUGCAACUCCAACCACAGGCGACCGACCGCCUCCAGCCCGACGCCAGCCGCCCGGCCGACAGCUCCAGAAACGACAGCCCGGCAUCCAGGCCUCCACCUCCGGCCGAGCCCUCCACCAGCGCCCCGCCGACCGCCCGCCGCGCCCUCCCCGCCGCACACUCCGACCCUCCGUCCGCCGCGCUCCGACCAUGUCCGCCGCCGCCGGCCUGGGUCCCAUCCCUUUCGCCUUCGUGCUCCUGAUCGCCCUCUGCAGCCGGCCCGCCUCCGGCCAGGACUGCAGCGGCCAGUGCCAGUGCGCCGCCCCGGCCCCGCGCUGCCCCGCCGGCGUCAGCCUGGUGCUGGACGGCUGCGGCUGCUGCCGCGUGUGCGCCAAGCAGCUGGGCGAGCUGUGCACUGAGCGCGACCCCUGCGACCCGCACAAGGGCCUCUUCUGUGACUUCGGCUCCCCGGCCAACCGCAAGAUCGGCGUGUGCACCGCCAAAGAUGGUGCCCCCUGCGUCUUCGGAGGGACGGUGUACAGGAGUGGAGAGUCCUUCCAGAGCAGCUGCAAAUACCAGUGCACUUGCCUAGAUGGGGCCGUGGGCUGCGUGCCCCUGUGCAGCAUGGACGUGCGUCUGCCCAGCCCUGACUGCCCCUUCCCGCGAAGGGUCAAGCUACCCGGGAAAUGCUGUGAGGAGUGGGUGUGCGAUGAGCCCAAGGACCACACCAUGGUUGGCCCUGCCCUUGCCGCUUACCGACUGGAAGACACGUUUGGCCCAGACCCAACCAUGAUUCGAGCCAACUGCCUGGUCCAGACCACAGAGUGGAGUGCCUGUUCCAAGACCUGUGGGAUGGGCAUCUCCACCCGGGUUACCAACGACAACGCCUUCUGCCGGCUGGAGAAGCAGAGCCGCCUCUGCAUGGUCAGGCCUUGCGAAGUGGACCUGGAGGAGAACAUUAAGAAGGGCAAAAAGUGCAUCCGUACCCCCAAAAUCUCCAAGCCUGUCAAGUUUGAGUUUUCUGGCUGCACCAGUGUGAAGUCAUACCGGGCUAAGUUCUGCGGAGUAUGCACGGAUGGCCGGUGCUGCACCCCUCACAGAACCACCACCCUUCCCGUGGAGUUCAAGUGUCCUGAUGGUGAGGUCAUGAAGCGGAGCAUGAUGUUCAUCAAGACCUGUGCCUGCCAUUACAACUGUCCCGGCGACAAUGACAUCUUUGAGUCAACCUACUACAGGAAGAUGUAUGGAGACAUGGCAUAAAGCCAGAGAGUGAGAGACAUUAACUCAUGUAGCUGUAACUUGAACUGAUUCACAUCUCAUUUUUGUGUAAACAUGAUUUCAGUAGCACAAAUUAUUUAAAUCGGUUUUGCUAACUGGGGAAAAGGAAAAUUCCCUCCGAAUUCAAAAUAUUGUGCCAUGUGACAUUCAAAUAGUCUAUCAACCCCAGACACUGGUUUGAAGAAAGCAAGACUUGACAGUGGGACUACAUUAGCACAUAGCACCAGAAUGUAUACUAAGGUGUGGCUUUAGGGGCUGUGGGAGGGCUUGAAAUCUUAAAGUAGCAAUGUGCCUGCUAUUUGGAGUGUUAUUGAGAAGGAAAACCUUAGCGUGUUCACUGACCUGCCCGUAGCUCCAGCCUGUAGCUGACAGCUAGGAUGUGUGUUCUGCCAUCAUGAGUCUGAGUCAAGUUCUUCUAUAAGUCAGAACAGCAGCUUCAGCUCUGAUAUUCUGAUUCGAAUGACAGUAUUCAGGAAUCAGAAUCCUGUCUGUUAGACUGGACAGCUUGUGGCAAGCUAAUUUGCCUGUAACAAGCCAGAUUUUUUUAUUGAUAUUGUAAAUAUUGUGUGUAUAUAUAUAUAUUUGUACAGUUAUCUAAGUUAAUUUAAAGUUGUUUGUGCCUUUUUGUUUAUGUUGUUAAUGCUUUGAUAUUUCAAAUGUUAGCCUCAAUUCUGAACACCAUAAAUAAGACGUCAAGCUUGUCUGAUAAUUCAAAGCAUGAAAUGGAUAUUCAAAUGGGAAUUCUGCUCAGUUAGAGUGACAGUCCAUCAAAACAGCUUGUUUGCUGAAGGUGAGCCAGUGAUGCCCUUGGAAGUCUGAUGUGUAGGUUGAAAUGUGACAGCCUCACUUUUAAUGAACAAGUGGCUUUUAUUGAAAUAAGAGUGGCUCUAUAUAGCGGAUCAAUUUUCCACCUGGAAGCAUUUGUUUCUACUUUGACUAUGACUGUUUUUUGGACAGUUUAUUUGUUGAGAGUGUGACCAAAAGUUACAUGUUUGCACCUUUCUAGUUGAAAAUAAAGUAUAUAUUUUUUCUAUAAA